CGGCAACCAAUCAGAGCUCUGCAGGGCGUAGACUGUACAGUCAGAGCUCAGUGUAUUUGGAUUCACAAGGGCUGGGAGCCCAGUAGCUGCUCCUUGUUAUAUGAGGUGAAGCUCUGCUAUGGGAGAGUAAGUUAGGGAUACCCCCCUACCCUCACUACUGCAGAAAUAGCCUCCAUGGCUAGAAGAAGGAAUCUAUAAGUAUUUUCUUCCACCGCUGCAGGGAUAAUCCACAGAGGUAAAAACCUUAUUCAUUCUCUUUAAAAAAAAAAAAAGCUGUUUCCUUUUGAUCUAUUUUGUAUCAGAUCUGAGCAUAAGUUUCAUGAAGAAUUGCUACAGUUUAACCUUUGGAGGUUCGUAGUUUAGAACGUGGCUGUUCGUUUCUGUAUAGAUAUCAGAUGUCUGUGUUAAGUUUCAUUGGAGAAUUGCUAAAAAUAAAAAUUGCUGGAGGUUAACAGAAUCAUACAGACAAAGGAGACAUUUGCUUUUGGGAUGCCUUUAAGAUUGUGUUGAGCUGCAGGAGAUGAGGGGUUAAUGUCAAAUAUCCCAAGCAUGCAGCAUUUUACACUUGUCAUACAAGGGAACACAGGGCUUACCUUGUGCAUAGUACAUACAUAAUCUCAUUUGUUUUCUAAUCAUGCUUUGCUAUUAGGCUUAGGGGCAUGAGGCAUGAUACAACAUGCAUUGCUUUCAUUAAAAGGAAUCCUAGGGAAAUUAAACAGUUUGACUGGAAGCCUAAAUAUAUAUAAAUAUAUCGUCCCUUGUAUGUAAAUAUACAGAGUUUAUAGUCCUUACUGGAAUAAAUAUUGCAACACACACACACACACUCACUCACUCUCACUCUCUCUCUCGCUCUUCUAAUCUAAAAUGCAUGAGACUGCAUGGAGUGUGGGCAUAUCUUUAAUAAUAUCACCACUAGGCACGCAUAGAUAUAUUGAAACAGCAUAUUUUAUAUUGUUGAUGUACACAGAUAACACAGAAAACACAACAUACGAUAUACCAGGUUUAUAGAGAUAAAGCAUAUUACACCAUGUGCAUGCAGAUAGUGAAUAAUAAAUGCAUGACAAUAUUGCACAAAUAGAUGCACACAGAGACCCAGGACCAGUGUGUGCCAUGCACUUGCAUAUAUAGAGCAGAUUAUACCAGACUGUAUCUGAAGCCCCCAGUACCAUGUGUAGGAGUAUAUUUAGCAGACAAUAUAGUGUGUGCACACCAAAACUGAUCACUCCAUGUAGAUUCAUGAAAAUCUAUGCAAAGUAAAAUUCAGCUAGAUUGCACAUAGAGUGUGCUAUCUUUUUGGAAAGCAAGGGAAGUAAUUAGUCAUCCUAUUUAAGUGAAUGAAAUAUGCAAAGCAAAUCACACUGUUGGAAUUGCCAUAGUAAAUACCUCUGUGUGAAUGCACACAGUAUAUGAUGCCAUGUGCAAGGCUGUAUGUACAUCACAUCAGCCCGUGUAUAUCUACAGAGGAUAUGUGCCAGUGGGUAUGCAUGUAAAUAAUAGACUCAGCAUGGCACUCCUGGGCUUGUGAUCAUUGUAUGUGGUAUUUCCAGGCUCCCAUUAUACUGCACUGCACACUGUCUGUUCUAGGAACAGAGAAAGUUAUAAUAAAAUAAAUGGAGCCCCAAGUGACAGGCAGGGUAUGAGGGAUAUGAAUGCAAUGACCCUUAGCAGGAUAACACUUCCAAAUCUCAGUGUAAAAGGCUUAUGUUGGAUUUUUACUGACACAAAGCAGGUCGUACAGGCUGGGUUGGAGAGGAACUGGUGCUGCAGCCUCAUUUUAUAACUGGAAUACAAAGUCAUGUCAUAGGAGGGUGCAAGGGAAAUGGGAUAUUUCAACUCAUCUCCCUCAGGAAGCUGUUUAACCCUUUAUCUGCCAGAGAUGUUUAUCUACAAGUGAAUGAGUUAAAAUAAAAUGCCAUGUUUGUUUCUUGGUAUUCUUGCUGAUGAUAUAGCCAAGUAGUAAGCUGACAGUGAUAUUUCGUUUUUCAUUAACUAGCUCUCUUCGAUUAACUCUUUGAGUGACAGGGGGUUUGUCCUCCUCCUGGAAAAGCAAUAGGUUGUGCAUACCACGGGUUAAUUCCAUUCCAAUCUCCAUGUUUUUACUGCCAUGGUCCUUUGAGUGACAACACUUUAGCAGAAAUGUUAACACGGAAAGAUGUUUACUUUAUAUUCUUUUUACUUUCAUUUUCCUGGCUCUGGCAAAUAAUUGGUUAAACUGUGACGCUGUAUCUUUCCAUUCGUUUUUCUACUGCUCUAAUAAACCAGGUUUGUUUUUGCUAUAGUCACCAGAUAAAUGACACCAUUUGAGUGGUAUUUGGUGUAUUUGUCCCCUAUGGUAACAAAAGUCUUAAAGUGACAACCUAGUUAUUGCUUCUCGAGUACCUUGACACUGUCUAGCUGUGAAUUGGUUAAAAAGUAUAUUAGUGGUUCUUCUGACAUAGAGAGGGCCUAACCCCUAGCAACAAAUGAAUCUCUGGGUGCACACACUGACAGUGAACGGGUUAAUGCUAAAUUAUAUUCAUUUUCCCUUACCGCAUUAACUGUGUGAGGACCACAGCUAGCAGUUUAGUGUACAACAUCACAUUUUUUCAUAGUAAUAGUUAAGUGCAGUGAAUGGGUUAAUAGUAAAUUCUACCUCAUGUUUUUGUUCCAAUGAUCAUAGCCCUCUGAGUGUCACAUUGAAGACACUGUUAGUGCCAAUGUAUUAAUCUCCUCCAUGAUUUAUUUUCCCAUGGUAAUACCCAACUGAGUUUCUCUGGCUGGCAGUGAAUGGGUUGCUAAAGUUGUAGAUUAUCAUUGCAUUUAACUAUGAGUCUGAUCACUUAGGUUUAGACCCCCUCACUGCUUUAGUUGGCAGUGAAUAGGUUAAGUCAAAAUGUUUGCCUGUCAAUUGUAAUUCUAGCCCUCUCAGUUUAUAUCAUGGAUUUUCUAUCCCAUGCUCCAUGUUCCUCUGAUCAUACGUCUCUGUGUCCCAACUGAAAGGGUUACUGUAGAAUGUGUCCCAUGAUUCUAGCCCUCUCAGGUUCCCAGCUGGCAGUAAGAGGGUUACUGUAGAAUAUUUCUCAUGGUUCUACCCCUCUCAGGUUCCCAGCUAGCAGUGAACGGGUUAAUCCCAGCUGGCAGUAAAAGGAUUACUGUAGAAUAUUUCUCAUGGUUCUAUCCCUCUCAGGUCCCCAGCUGGUAGUGAAUGGGUUACUGAAGAAUAUUUCCCAUAGUUCCAGCCCUCUCAGGUCCCUAGCAGGUAGUGAAUGGGUUAAUGUGGAAUAGUUCCCAUGGUUCUAGCCUCUCAGAUUUCCAGCUGGCAGUGAAUGACCUCUGUCCUAUGCUUUGCCAUCUCUAUGCUCUCAAUGUGGUCCAUGCCCUGUGUUCAGUCUCAUGAAGUCUCAGGCUGUUUAUUGGGGUGACUGAUGUUGGUGACUGAUGUUGGGUCUCUGUUUCUCCGCAGAUCUGGCGUCCCUGCUGACCUCGCCUUGUCCUGUCAUUGAUGGGAAAUCAACUGGAUCGCAUCACCCACCUGAAUUACAGCGAGCUGCCGACAGGAGACCCCUCCGGGAUCGAGAAGGACGAGCUGCGGGUCGGGGUGGCUUACUUCUUCUCAGAUGAGGAUGAGGAGCUGGACGAUAGGGGGCAGUGUGAGCGCUACACGGUGAGGGACAGCAGUCCAGGCCAGGGAGAGGGACACCUUCUACUCAACGAGAUCGAGUUCUCAGCCUACAGCUGCCACGAAUGUAUCUUCUCCAAGAUCAGGGGCCACCAGGACCUCAGCGUCUAUCCCAUGCAAGGCUUGCUAGCCUACUGCAAGCCAGGAGACCUCCUGGAGCUGCUCUUUCUGUGCCCAGCAGCAGACCACCCUCCUCCACCAUCUCCUCACUGGGCAGUUUAUGUUGGCCAAGGUCAGAUUAUUCACUUACACCGCGGGGAAAUCCGCAAAGACAGCGUGUUCGACGUCGGUGGAGGCUGUAUGGGCAGGGUGGUGAAUAGCUGGUACCGGUACAGGCCACUUACCUCUGAACUGGUCCUCCAGAACGCAUGUGGACACCUUGGCUUGAGGAGUGAUGAGAUCUGCUGGACUAACUCUGAGAGCUUUGCAGCAUGGUGCAGGUUUGGCAACAGGGAAUUUAAGGCAGGUGGGGAGGUCCAGUCUGAGGACCUGCAGUACUUCCUGAAGCUCCACCUGGAGGAGAACAAUGUCCACACCUUGAGUUUUCCUAGCCUGGAGGACCUAAUAAGGGAGAAGAGAAGGGUGGACGCUGGUGGCAAAUUGAGAGUCCUGAAGGAGCUCUCCAUGGUAGAGGAGAAAGAGUAAGGAGGGCAGAGGGUUGAAACAUCUUCCUAGUUUGCCAAACAGGUUGCACCUUUUAGACUCAUUUUUAAGGAUCAUGUCAACAUUCCUGAAACCAGCAUUACACCAUAGCCACUGUUUGAUUUGGCUUUUUAAACAUGGUAUCAAAAAACAAACAAAAAAACCACAAAAAAGCACCCACAAAAAAGCAACAACAAAUGUCGAGUAUGUUGGCUGUAGUGUUGAUGUCUUUAUUGAGCAUUUAGCAACAUGCUAAAUAAAAUUUCAAAUUGAAAUUUGUAUUUUCAUGGCUUUACUCCAUGAUCGUUUAUCCACAGAGGCCAAUAAAUUGGAUUUCUCUAUUUGAUUAUUUAGUGUUGCUUUCUGCUGUCUUAUUUGUCUUGUUUAAAAAAAAAAAAAAUACAAAAAAAAAAUACAACAUAUUUUUUAUUAAAUCACCUUUGUCCUUACUGCUUUUAUAUGGCACAAAAUAUUAUUGCCUUUGUUUGGCAAGACUUGUACUUCUUGUUCCAAUUUGAUUUUCUUUUCUUUUUUCUGCAGUUAAUUUGUAUUUUGCUCUCCCACAUCAUUUGAAAUGGAUCUACAUUCCUUCUACUGCAAGCACAACCAAUGUGCUUUAUGAAAUUGAAUACGUUUUCUUUGCUAUUUUUCUUUUUAACUACUGGAAUAAAUACUUUCUAAAGGUACCAUCUUCUUUAGCUGACAGAUCAUUGCUAUUUAGUGGUGUGUUGGAAGUAUAUGUUGCAGAUAUGCCAGGAUGCACUGCACUUUUACUAUUGAAUCACAAGUAAUGUUGAAACAGCUAAACUAAAACAAAUGAUUCAUUCUAUUGGGAAAAUGCUGUUAAUAAUCAUGUAUGGCAGGAUUACAGUGUGCCAACUGCCAACUGAAUUUGUGUGAAUUGGAAUAAAAAAAUUGCAAUGUUAAGGGUAAAUUAGCCAAGCUUUUAAUAUAGCUGAAUUUUAUUUACUAUUUUAGCCUGAAGUUUGCAAUUCGGAUUUGUCCAAUGUAGUGCCAAAUAGUCAGGCUAGUAAAAGAAAAAAAGAAAACAAUUCGUGCAGAGUCAGAAUUUUUUUAAAUUGGUGGUCAAUGCACGUUAGGUUACAGUUUAGUAAAUAUACCCCAAAAUAAGCUGACUAUCCAUAAUUUUAAUAAAUAAUCCUAUUGUGGCAGCUUGCAAAAUGCCAACCAGAAUAGCUGAGUUAGGAAAUUCCCUUAGCAGAGUGAGAUUUUCCUUCUCCAAGUUUGCUAGUUUAGCCUGAGUCAGUCUUGAUGUAACUCAGUUAACGUACUGCAUCUCACGUUUUAGUGAAUUAACACUCAUGCAUUUGUGUGCAAGAAAAAAAAAUGCUUUUUUUUGCCACCUUUCUCAGUUAUACUGAUAUAAUUGGUAUUAAUAACUUUAUGCUUAUAGAUCACAAAUGUAUAUUUUUUUAUUUUAUUUUUAAAUGUUCGGAACAAAGACAGUUAAUUUCAUUCUGCACUCAAGGGGUUAAACUGUUCUACUGGAAGCUAUUGGAGACCAAGGCAACGCUGUAAAAAUGAAAAAUGUUGCCUUUUGUUUUGUUUGUUUGGUUUUUUUGCUCUCUUUUCUAGCCCAGUUCUAUAAUUUUUUUUUUUUAAACCUUUUGCUUGGAAUCCAGAGCCCUGCACAUUAGCAAUUCAGUUUAUUGGAUAUUUUCAAUCUUAAAACAUAUUUUCAUACAUUGUAAGACAUGCAUACUCAUAAUUUUAAUAUUAAAGGUUGAUAAAAAAAAAAAAGAAAAAUUGUUUUGGACAGGCUUUUUUUCCCCCCUGCACGUAACCUUUCAAAUAUUGCAUUUUCUGGAAUAGAGCUAUGUGUACAUUCCUAUGGUGCUUGCUGUUAGUCAUGGUGGGUGUUGCUAUAACUGUGACAGUAUUUUUCGUUUCCUAAAAUAGCCCUUUAUUUUAAAACAGAAAAUAGUUUUGGGGUGUACAAUUACAGAUAAUGUAUAGUUCAAAUAUCCUCUUCAUGUUCAAAUACAGCCUUACCUUCUGAAACAUUGUGCUCCAAAUAGGAAGCAAUUUGCAAAACUAGGAGAUUCCAGUUUUGCCGGUUACAUAGUUUGCAAUCCUUAUUUUAGAAGAUUGUAUCAGUAUGUUUUUUUAUUUAUUGCUAAUUUACUUUGUAGCAAGCCGUACAUGGCUCCUAUAGUGUACAAUAGUAGUCUUGGGUUAGUAGCUAAGAUCCACUGCCAGUUGAUUAUUCAGUAAAGUCUGAACUAUAGCAAUUUGAAAUCUUAAUUGCAAAAUUUAGGUUAACAUAGUCAAGCUGUGACCAUAAUGCAGCUGGAUAAUCUCUUUAUAAUGAUUGGCUAUUAAUGCACGCUCCCAGACGCUCCCAGACAUCUGACUUGAAACAUUGUUGAGAAGAAGUCAAUCAAUAUCACCAGUGAUGUCAAGGAAAAAAUAGUUUAAAACACAACCCCAAGAAAAUGACAUAGUAACAUAGCAAUCUAUGUUGAAAAACAGAUUCAAGUCCAUGAAGUUCAACCAUCCAAAUAAAAUAAUGCUGUUCUCAUUACUUACACCAUACUCAGUAGCAAUAAUAUAGACUCCAUACAAACCAGGAGUCCGGAUACAUAACUCUCCAUAUUCCUCCAUUCCAUGGAAAGCUGCAAAUGGGUUAAUAAUCAUGUACAGGGUUGUGCGAAACCUCCAUUCCCACAUCCCAUACCAGGUGAAGCCAAGCUCUGAUACUGCAAAUGUUGUGGCCUACAUCUCCCAUAAUGCACUUACAGCCAUUAAGCUGGCAAAGCAUCUAGGGAGAUAGAGUCCAUAACAUCUGGAGUGGCGAAGGCUGCCUACCCCUACCCCUGCCAUAGCCCAUUGUAAUGGGCAAAAACCUGGAUUAUGAAAACAAGACAAGUCUCAGGUUUCCUACCCUUUUACCAUAUAACCAAUGGUAGCAGGAUGUGAAAUAUUCAGCAGCUUCUUGUGGCAUGGUAGGAGUGUAGAAUGGAUGUCAGAGAGCUUUGAUUGCUCCUGUGCGUGGUGUAUCAUAUUGUUAAAUAAGCAAGGAUUCCCUAAUACCCUGAAAUGCCAAUAUAACUCAUACUUUUUAUCUUGUAUAGCUACAGUUACAGGAGGUACUCGGUCCUAAGUUCUAGCAUUGCCCAUUCAACCUCCACCACAUAGAAAUAUGAAUAAACAAUCUAUUUACCUAAUAAGUAUUUGCAUAACUGACUCCUUACAAUGGUGGAGGCACCAGUGAGCUGUAGCAUUAUUGUUAUUAGAAUGUUCAUUUAAAUGUGUAUGGUAUUACUCAACCCAGACUGUAUGAGUCACAUGCAGAUGGUGACUGUGCAACUGUCUUGCCCUUAAUCCUUCAAAAUGUCUAUGCUACUAUAUGCCAUCAUGCCCUGAGUCAUUUUGAAUGGUCCAUUGUUGACAGGCAGUGUUCAUAUAUCAGAUCUAAUAUAAUGUUUCAAGCUGCACAGAGCUUGAUGAAGCCUCCUAUCAUAUUCGUGUUUUAAAGCAUUCAUGUAAAUACAGCUUUGGACCUGUCCACUUCAUUUUAAUCACAACCUGGACAACAUCAUUUUGCAAAAAAUUAUUAAAAUAAAAAAUAUUAAGUAUUACAUAGCAACAAGGUUUAUUCGCCAAAUAUCACAUUGUAGGCUGACAAUUGAAUUGUAAAAGGCUAAAACAGC